AUGUCAAGCGGAAACGUAGCGGGUGCGGGAAUGCGUUCCAAUAACAAAAGUGAAUCUCCUGGUGAGGGGGCGAGUUGCGGAGUGUGCCGUCGGAUCGACUUAGACUGUACUAAUGGUCGGAUGGUACAAUGCGAUGAGUGUGAUGUGUGGUUCCAUUACGAUUGUGUGAAUGUGAACGACAGUAUUCGGGAUUAUGAAUGGAGCUGUAACGGAUGCGUGAGGACAUCGCUGGAUAAGCAACGGCGUGCCUUGAGUGACCAGAUGGGACUUCUUGAGCAGCAGCAAAAGCAGUGGCAACAGGAGCAACAAAAACACCUAGAGCAGUCUGAGGAACAGCGUAAGAAGCUUGAGCAGUGGCAGAAACAACAAGAGCUGCAGCAGCGAGAGCAGGAGCAGUUAAAUCAGUUGCAGAUGGGUAAGUUGCAGUUGCAGCAGCAGAAGUUGCAGUUGGAAGCGGGUACAUCUGGACUCAAAGUGGCCCAGCAAUCGAACAGUGGUCCGAGGCAGACACAUCGGGUUCAGAUAGUGGAGAAGGUUGUUCCGGAGGCGCCAGCAGCAGAUGGAGCGUGGAAUAUCGACCCGUUGCGAAAGGCAGUCGCCAAUAAUGGGGAGACCUCUGGUAAAAGCAACAAAGCAUCAUCGAAGUCAUCAAAGCGUUCUGCAAAACUUCGAGAACUACAAGCGAAGGCUCUGGAAGCAAGGCAGGCGUUGGAGAAAAAACAACUGGAAGAGCGACUAGCGCUGGAGCGUGAAAUGUUGGAAGAUAGUGACUCUGAGGCGGAAACGGACGUAAGUCUCGAGAAGAUCAACGAAUGGCUGGAGAAAACGGAGAAUGCAGGCAAAGAAGCAGGGAACGCGAUGGACGAAACACCCCUACCGGUUUACGACGAGCUUCUGCGAAAAACGGUUGUGCCGUCCGGUUUAGUUCCAAUGGUGUCAGCAAAUUUUCAACAAUCUACCGGAUAUUCUGCUUCGAUUCAGCCUCAGCUUCAGUCAUGUGCCGUACAGCAACUUGGCGGGAGUUAUGCUCCUGGGGCCAGGUAUAUGCAGCGUUUGCGACCCGCCGGGAGCAUCCCGGCAUUUCUGCCGAGCUACCAACCACCAGUUUGUGGAUAUCCAGCCGUAAUAUCCAAUUCGCCAUCGAUGCCGGUAUACACCGUAGCGUCUCAGCAGCCGAUCAGGAUGUCAGUGUAUCCGACGGCGAAUUACCAGCAUCAGUUCACCCAGAAUCUCCCAUUUUCCGGGGCUAUGCCUGAGAACGUCGACCAACCACAGAUAACGACGUCAACUCCACGACAGAAUUUGGCCACAUUACGGCAGCAAUAUCAGCCACCACUGAAUAGCAACCCUAUGCCGCUGAAUAGUGGCCAUUUAGCUGCAAGACAGACGGUAAAAGAUCUUCCGAAGUUCGGUGGGGAUCCUGAGGACUGGCCACGUUUCAUUGCAGCAUACGAGCGAACUUCUAGAAUGUGUGGUUUUAGGAACGAUGAGCUGCUCGAUCGUCUCGAGAGAAGUCUACAUGACAAGGCAUUGAACGCCGUUAAAAGCCUUCUUCUACACCCCGACAACGUUCCAGUGAUCAUGAGCCGAUUGAAAACUCUCUUUGGUAAUCCAGAAUCCAUCGUGGAGACUAUGGUCCGGAGAAUUCGGAUGAUGCCGCCACCGAAGGCGGAGAAGAUGGAAACCAUUGUUGACUUCGGCGUCGCAGUUCAGAACCUUUGCGCGACUAUACAAGUGUGUCAGUUGGACGAACGAUUGUACAACGUGGCAUUGCUACAGGAGCUUGAGGAUAGCCUGCCAUCGGCAUUGAAAAUGAAGUGGGCAUUCCAUCGAAUGGAGAUUGGAGCUGCUACGUUAUUGCAUUUCAACGAUUGGCUGGGGGAGAUGGUUGUGGCAUUAAGUCAGGUGAUUAGACCUGCUGUAUGGACCAAACCGCAGAAACCAGAAACCAAGAUAGAGAAGAAAGUCCGGAAGGAUGAGGUCUACGUCCAUGCGCAUUCCGUCCAUCAGCAGGAAAAAGUCGAUCGUAAAAAGUGUCUGGCAUGCGGCAAUAUGUGUGAUAGCCUUGAAAAGUGCAGCAGUUUCCUGAAAAUGUCGCCGAAUGCUCGAUGGGCGUUAGUGAACGAGAAGAAACUCUGUCGAAAGUGUUUGAAGAAGCACUUCAAAACAUGUGAGAUGAAAGUUCCAUGCAAUCAGGGAGGAUGCAUCUUUCUACACCACCGGUUGCUGCACGACGACAGCAAACACAACAAGCCGUCACCAAGCGCUCCAGCACAGAACGCGUCUGUAAAUGCGCAUCACAGCUCGUUGCCAAAUGUGCUGCUGAAGUACGUGCGUGUCACGCUGCACGGCAAAGGAAGAUCGAUUACUACAUACGCCUUCCUGGAUGCAGGAUCGACAACAACACUGGUGGAACACAGUUUGUGGAAGGAACUCAAUCUCAACGGCGAGAAGUCUCCGCUGUGCAUUUCGUGGACAGGAGGGCAAGGAAGAUAUGAGCAAGAUUCGGUUAUAUUCUCAGCGGACAUUUCCAGUGCUUCAAAAUCAGGACAGCGCUUCCACCUUCCGGAGGUGCAUACCGUACGUAGCCUAGAUCUUCCUGAACAGUCAAUGUCAGCGACCGAGCUAGCGAAGCAUUUCGAGUAUUUAACAGAUCUACCAAUUGACUCUUAUGUUGUAGCAAAACCCCGAAUUCUGUUGGGAGUUGACAGCUCCAGAUUGGAGUAUCCACUCGAUUCCAGGGAAGGAAGUGAGAACCAGCCGACGGCUGUACUAACUCGGCUAGGCUGGGUGGUCUACGGUCCGUGCUCCUUUCUGCCAGGACAAAAGGAUGCGAAAAACGAUGUUUCGUAUAGCUACCACAUCUGCCAAUGCGAAGGACUGCAUUCAGCAGUCAAGAGUUAUUUCUCCCUCGAUAGUCUCGGAGUACAACUCAAUGGAACACCGUUGAUGUCGAAAGACGACGAACGAGCGAUGAAACUGUUACAAGAAAACACGGUUUUGCAUAAUAAACGAUACGAGACCUGUCUGCUAUGGCGAUACGAUGAUGUUCGACUACCGUCGAGCAAAUCCAUGGCCCUGAAAAGGCAAAACUGCUUGAGCAAGCGCAUGGCUAGGGAACCAGUGCUGGCCAAGGCUCUUCAGGAAAAAAUCUUAGACUACCAAGCGAAAGGAUAUAUUCGCAAACUUUCAGCGCAGGAGGAAGCCACGUACUCUGGACGUUCGUGGUAUCUGCCGAUCUUUCCCGUGGUGAAUCCCAAUAAACCGAAUAAACUUCGAAUCGUCUGGGAUGCUGCCGCUAAAGUGGGAAACCUUUCUCUCAAUUCGUUUCUGCUAAAGGGACCAGAUCAGGUUACACCGCUUCAGCAAGUUCUCCAAAGGUUUCGUGAAUACCGCACAGCGGUCUCAGGAGAUAUCCGUGAAAUGUUUCACCAGGUUCGGAUCAAUCCUACCGAUCAGCAUUGUCAACGAUUCCUGUGGGAUGAUGGCGUCCUCGGAGGAGGUCCUUCGACUUACGUGAUGGAGGUGAUGACGUUCGGUGCAAGCUGCUCUCCAAGUAGUGCACAGUACGUCAAGAACCUGAACGCAGCUCGGUUCAAAGACCAGUAUCCAGAAGCAGUGGCGGCGAUAUGCAAAGGAACGUACGUGGACGAUAUGCUCGACAGUGUCGAAUCCGAAGCAGAAGCCGUGAAACUCGUGCGGGAUAUUUGUUAUAUACACGCAGAGGGUGGAUUCGAGAUCCGAGGAUGGCUGUCGAACUCCAAAAAGGUUCUUGAUUCUAUGGGCGAGCAGAGGACCACACAAAAGUAUCUGAACAUGGAUGGAGACUUGGCGACCGAAAAGGUCCUUGGAAUGUGGUGGGACACUAUCGGUGACACAUUUACUUUCAAGAUUCCAAAACGGUGCCAACAGAAGCUGUUAUCCGGAGAGCAAGUCCCCACGAAGCGGGAAGUUCUACGGGUUUUAAUGUCAGUCUACGACCCGCUCGGCUUCCUGGCGCAUGUACUAAUGUACUUAAAGGUUCUGCUACAAGAAAUUUGGCGUUCAAAAAUUAAUUGGGAUGAACAGAUAGGCGAUCAGCUACUGGAGAAAUGGAGAAUUUGGCUUAACGUACUGCUUGAAGUUGAGACAGUUUGCAUUCCUCGAUGCUACCGUAAGAUGACCUCAUCGUCAAUCGUGACUAACGAAGUUCAGCUGCAUGUCUUUGUUGAUGCCAGCGAGAAAGGUUACGCAGCAGUCGCCUAUCUCCGUUUCGAAGAAGACCGUUCUGUGGAGUGUGCAUUCGUUAUGGCUAAAACCCGAGUCGCACCACUGAAGUACGUCUCAAUUCCACGACUGGAACUCCAGGGUGCAGUGAUUGGAACCCGUCUUGCGAAGUCUAUAGGAGAAACCCAUCGUGUACCUGUGCAAAAAAGGUUCUUCUGGACCGAUUCAAGGGACGUUCUCUGCUGGAUACGUGCGGAUCACAGACGAUACAGCAAGUUUGUUGCUGCCAGGGUUGGAGAAAUUUUAGAAGAUACCGAGCUAUCAGAGUGGCUGUGGGUUCCAACAAAAACGAACGUAGCCGACGAAGGUACAAAAUGGCAGAAAAUACCUGAUCUCUCGCCAUCCAGCAGAUGGUUUAGAGGACCGGAAUUCAUGUGGCAGCAGAAGAGUGCCUGGCCAGUUCAACCGUCCGUUCAUGGUGAAACUACCACUGAAAUGAUAGCUACGAUCAACGUCCAUACCAUUCGUGAACCAAUUCUCAAUUUCACCAAUUAUUCUAACUGGCGCAGGCUUCUCCGGAUUAUCGCAUAUGUACUCCGAUUCAUGAGAAACCUGCGAGCAAGAUUACAGCAGAGAACACGAUUUACCGGAAUCCUCCAACAGACAGAGUUGAUCGAAGCAGAACGAUACAUUUACCGUCAAGUUCAGCUGGAUGCGUAUAGCGAGGAAGUAGCUUUGCUGCGAAAGUCUAAGGAAUCUGGAGGUAAGAAGACGGCUACAAUUCCCAGAAGUAGUUCUCUUUACAAGCUCUCGCCGUAUCUUGAUGACCACGGAGUGCUUCGCAUGCAAGGACGAGCAGCUGGUUGCCAGUUCGUCGAUCACGACGCUGUCCACACCAUUAUUCUGCCAAGGGAACAUCCGAUAACCUCGCUAAUCAUACGGUUCACCCACGAACGCUAUCACCACCUCAACCAUGAAACGAUUGUCAACGAACUACGUCAGAUAUAUCGGAUCCCGAAACUACGAAGUUUAUGCAACAAAGUACGAAGACUGUGCCAAUACUGCAAAAACAUUCGAGCUCAACCGCAACCACCCGCAAUGGCUGAUCUUCCGCUGGCUCGUCUUGCAGCUUAUUCUCGUCCAUUCUCUUACGCUGGAAUCGAUUACUUCGGUCCAAUUCAAGUCGUUGUGGGUAGGCGGAUCGAGAAAAGGUGGGGCGUAUUGAUAACAUGCCUGGUGGUACGUGCCAUUCACAUUGAAAUCGCACACUCCCUCACCACAAGUUCGUGUAUCAUGGCUCUGCGAAACUUUAUGUGCAGGCGAGGAACACCCUUAGAACUGUUUAGUGACAGGGGAACGAACUUCAUCGGUGCGAAUCGCGAGCUGACUGAAGCGCUACAAUCUCUUGAUCAAGAUCAACUGAUGCAGGAGUUGAUCACUACGCAUACGAAGUGGACCUUUCUACCGCCGAGUAGUCCGCACAUGGGUGGUAGUUGGGAGAGACUGGUGCAAUCCGUUAAAAAAAAUCCUAAAACAUAUGCAGCUCCCGAGAACACCAACCGACGAAGUCCUUCGAAACAGCCUUCUAGAGGUGGAAAAUGUUAUAAACUCGCGCCCCCUCACCUACGUUCCCAUUGA